CCAGCGGCAACCGAGACGGAAGUGCCCUCUUUCCCAAGGCUGCAGUCUCUGGGCGGGCGGGGAGGCUCCCGAGGUGGGGGCCGGGCCGGAAUGGCGGCAGCGGCGGCCGGGACGGGGACUUGGGCGGCCCAGGAGAAGCAGUUUCCGCCUGCCCUGUUGAGCUUCUUCAUCUACAACCCGCGCUUCGGUCCCCGCGAGGGAGAGGAAGAAAAUAAAAUUUUGUUUUAUCACCCAAAUGAAGUAGAAAAGAAUGAAAAAAUUAGAAACGUUGGAUUAUGUGAAGCCAUUGUACAGUUUACAAGGACCUUUAGCCCAUCAAAACCUGCAAAAUCUUUACAUACACAGAAGAAUAGACAAUUCUUCAAUGAACCGGAAGAAAAUUUCUGGAUGGUCAUGGUGGUUCGGAACCCUCUCAUUGAGAAGCAGAGCAAAGAUGGAGAACCAAUUGUGGAAUACCAAGAGGAAGAGCUAUUGGACAAGGUCUACAGUUCAGUGCUACAGCAGUGCUACAGCAUGUACAAGCUUUUUAAUGGGACAUUUCUGAAAGCCAUGGAAGAUGGAGGUGUCAAGCUCCUGAAAGAACGACUGGAGAAAUUCUUCCACCGGUAUUUGCAAACGCUACAUUUACAGUCUUGUGACUUACUCGACAUUUUUGGUGGAAUCAGCUUCUUUCCAUUGGAUAAAAUGACUUAUUUGAAAAUCCAGUCCUUUAUUAACAGAAUGGAGGAAAGCCUAAAUAUAGUCAAGUACACUGCGUUUCUCUACAAUGAUCAACUCAUCUGGAGUGGACUAGAACAGGACGACAUGCGAAUUCUAUACAAAUACCUCACCACCUCACUGUUCCCCAGGCACAUCGAACCUGAGUUGGCAGGAAGGGAUUCCCCAAUCAGGGCAGAAAUGCCAGGAAAUCUUCAACACUACGGAAGAUUUCUUACUGGACCCUUGAACCUUAAUGAUCCAGAAGCAAAAUGCAGAUUCCCCAAAAUUUUUGUAAAUACAGAUGACACUUAUGAAGAGCUCCAUUUAAUUGUUUAUAAGGCCAUGAGUGCAGCCGUGUGCUUUAUGAUUGAUGCCUCCAUGCAGCUGACAUUGGAUUUUUGCCGCAGACUGGACAGCAUCGUUGGGCCCCAGCUCACUGUCCUGGCAUCUGACAUCUGUGAGCAGUUUAACAUCAACAAGAGAAUAUCUGGGUCUGAAAAAGAACCACAGUUUAAGUUCAUCUACUUCAACCAUAUGAAUUUGGCAGAGAAAAGCACAAUCCACAUGAGGAAGACGCCCAGUGUGUCACUCACGUCCGUCCAUCCAGAUCUAAUGAAGAUUCUAGGUGACAUCAACAGUGAUUUUACCAGAGCGGAUGAAGAUGAAGAAAUCAUCGUGAAAGCCAUGAGUGAUUAUUGGGUUGUUGGGAAGAAGUCUGAUCAGCGGGAGCUCUAUGUGAUUUUGAAUCAGAAAAAUGCAAACCUGAUUGAAGUCAAUGAGGAGGUAAAGAAACUCUGUGCCACACAGUUCAAUAACAUCUUCUUCUUGGAUUGACUAAUGGCUCACCAGAAACAUCUCUUAAAAAAAAAAAAAAACUCUGCAAACCUUCUAUUUACCAUUGCAAGUUAUUGGUCAUAUUGUUGACUGGAUUAAUGACAAUAGUAAAGCAAUACUUGCUUUGAAAAAUCAAAUUUCUACUCAGUCUGAUGAUCCUGAGGUUUUUAGAUUUUAAAUAUUUAUGUGGGAUUAAUUAAAGGUAGUCAGCUGUAUCUGUCAUUCCAUUCUUUUGACAUCAUGUGAAUAUUUUACUGGAAAAUAAGACUAAUAAAUUGUUAAAGUUUUUAAAAAUU